CAUAACUAUUAGCCUAAUGAUUUUUUAAUAGAAUAAGAUUUGUUUGUAAUAGUGUGUAUUUUGAAAUAUUGUGUUCAGACAAGUAGAAAAUGGAUGGUUAUGAUGCUGAUUUUGUAAAUGAAGUUCCGUCAGAUUUAGAAUGUGGUAUUUGCUUGUUUGUGGUUCGUGAACCAGUUCAAAUAUUGGCUUGUGGCCAUAGGUUUUGUUCUCACUGCUUUGAAAAAUUGAAGAAAUCACUUGCAGAUCGGCUUCGUUGUCCUAAAGACAAUGCAAGUAUUGAUACUAAAAUGGUUUUUCCAGAUACAGCUGCUCUAAGAACUGUAUCCAAUCUUACUGUUAGAUGCUCUAAAACAGGUGAAGGAUGUCUUUGGCAAGGAGCGUUGCACGAGUUAGAGAAUCAUUUAAAAGAUUGUUCGCUUAAUAAUCCAAAAAACUUAAUUCAGGAGCAUAUGCUGAAUCAAAUAAGUGUUCUGGAAGAAGCGUUUAAAAAGAAAGAUCAAGAAUACCUUCAUUUAAAAAAUGAAAAUUUUCGUCUUGAACAGGAAUUUGUUAAGUUUAAAAAAGAAAUGGAUAGUUUUACAACCAGUACAAGUAUUCGAUUGGAUGAACUUCUUGUAUCAUACAAUGACUUAUCUUCACGUCUUCAACAAAUUGAAAAACUAAAAAAAGAAGAUAGCAUAACUUACAACUUGCCUAGUCAAAAAGUACCACCUAGAAUUGUACCACCUAAGGUUAUAAAUUUAGUACAAAAGCCUGUACCCUGUUAUGUCUGGAAAAUGAAUCGCAAUAGUGGUUCACGACAAACUAGUCCAAAAUUUUAUUCUUCUGAUAAAGGUUAUUUAUGUCAACUGAAGGCUCGUAAAAGCAUUCACUUAUGCUUAGACAUUUUAAAAGGCGAUUUUGAUCGCCAAUUAGCAUGGCCUUUUAACAUGAAAGUUGAAUUUGUUUGCUUUAACAAAUUCUUAUCAGAGAGACAUUCAUUAGUCUAUCCAUUAAAGAAAAAAGAUGGUACACUUUCAGCUCAGGCUCAUGCUUCUUACGAAUACGCAGUUUUUUUGACUCCUGCUGUUAUGAACUCCUGUAUUGUUGAUGAUGUUAUUUCUGUUGAAGUAUAUAUAAGCUAAUAUUUU